AUGGUUCAGAAACUUGACCAGAAGCUGCCUGUAGCCAACGAGUACCUACUGCUUUCGGGUGGUGUGCGGGAGGGCGUGGUGGACAUUGAUCUCGAUGAGCUGAAUGUUUAUGCACGAGGCACAGACUAUGACAUGGACUUCACCCUGCUUGUGCCCGCACUGAAGCUGCAUGACCGCAACCAACCAGUCACGUUGGACAUGCGCCACUCGGCUUUGUGCCACUCCUGGCUGAGCCUGCGUCUGUUUGAUGAAGGAACUAUCAGCAAAUGGAAGGACUGCUGCACCAUCGUGGACCAUAUCAAUGGAGCUACCAAUUAUUUCUUCUCUCCAACAAAAGUCGCAGACUGGUUCUAUGACUCCAUUAGCAUUGUCCUCUCUGAGAUCCAGAAAAAGCCCCAGCGAGGGAUGCCAAAGGUGGAGAAAGUGGAAAAGAAUGGGACUAUCAUAUCCAUCAUUUUGGGAGUGGGCAGCAGCCGCAUGCUGUACGACAUUGUCCCUGUGGUGUCCUUCAAAGGCUGGCCAGCUGUGGCCCAGAGCUGGCUGAUGGAGAACCACUUCUGGGAUGGGAAGAUCACAGAGGAGGAAGUUAUAAGUGGGUUUUACUUAGUGCCUGCGUGUUCCUACAAGGGGAAGAAGGACAAUGAAUGGAGGCUAUCAUUUGCCAGAAGUGAAGUGCAGCUGAAAAAGUGCAUCUCUAGCAGCCUCAUGCAAGCCUAUCAGGCCUGCAAAGCUAUCAUCAUCAAAUUAUUGUCCCGCCCCAAAGCCAUUAGUCCAUAUCACUUGAGAAGCAUGAUGCUGUGGGCUUGUGACAGGCUACCAGCCAACUACUUGGCCCAGGAGGAUUACGCAGCCCAUUUCCUCCUGGGUCUCAUUGAUGAUCUCCAGCACUGCUUGGUCAACAAGAUGUGCCCUAACUAUUUCAUCCCACAGUGCAAUAUGCUGGAGCACCUCUCUGAAGAAACCGUCAUGCUGCACGCGCGGAAGCUGUCCUCGGUCCGCUCAGACCCUGCCGAACACCUUCGAACUGCCAUUGAACAUGUCAAAGCAGCCAACCGGCUAACGCUGGAGCUCCAGCGGCGAGGCAGCACCACCAGCAUCCCCUCCCCACAGUCAGAUGGAGGGGACACCAACCAACCUGAUGACCGAUUAGCCAAAAAGUUGCAACAGCUAGUGACUGAGAACCCGGGGAAGUCCAUCUCUGUCUUCAUUAACCCAGAUGAUGUCACAAGGCCCCACUUCAGAAUUGAUGAUAAAUUUUUCUGAGCUUUCAUCAAUGUUUCUUGGGAUUUUUUUCUUCUGUUUCGUUUUUAAAAAACUCUUGCAGUGUGCAAGAUUUUUUCCGCUUGCUUUUCCUUGAUGACUUAGUCUCUUGUUUUUUACAUAUCCAGCGUAAAUUGGAUCUGUUGAGAACAAUCUGAAUAAAUCAUAAUUCCUGGUUCUGCAGGACGGUGCAGAUUUUGAAACAGUAUAUUAGUAUUUCAUAUGCGGCUUUGAUUUUUUUCACCCACCCAGCCCCAUUAUCUGUGAGUAGUUUCUAAAGGAGAACAUGCACCAUAAACACACAUGCCACAGUGUAAUGAAUUUUUUUUUCAGGCUUCCAUAAUUUAUGUACUUUUUUGGGCCUAGGGAGGGGGCAACUCAUCUUCCGUGGCUUCAGAAAUUCACUCCUUUUUCCAUGAGCUUCCAUCACCCCAAAGAAAUGAGGAGAGACUCUGGGUUGGAAAGCACUACUGGUAAUUUGAUGAGGCCAAAUCUACUGGGCUGAAGCCCAGUUCAUCUGUUCUUCACACUUCUCACACUAGGGGAUAGAGUUGACUUUAAAGAAGAUGAUGAUGCAGCUUUUGGAGGAAAGAGUUCUUUCUGGUUUGAUCUACUUUUUGAAUGUAAUUGUUCAUAAUUGGACUUUGUACAGUCCAGAGGGUUGUUUCUGCUGCUUUUCCAUGCGGAAUAAGGUUACGGAAUGUUAGUUUUAGUGUGUGUAAUUAUUCAAAGCCUUAUUUAAAUUCUAUUAAAGAACAUACCAUUAUAAAUGU